AUGCCAAAAAGUUAUGCUAUCGGCAUUGAUCUCGGUACAACGUACUCCUGUGUGGCCGUCUACAACCAGUAUUCAAUAAUAGACAUUGUGCCCAGCGACCUUGGCAACACCACUCCGUCCUACGUUGCCUUUACAGCCAAUGGACGGUUGGUGGGAGAAAGUGCCAAGGCACAGGCGACACUCAAUCCAAACAACACCGUUUUCGACGCUAAACGGCUGAUUGGACGAAGGUUUGAAGAACUGGAAGAGGAGUUGAAGCACUUCCCAUUUACCGUCGUCAACAAGGGUGGCGUGCCCAAAAUUGAGGUCGAAGAAGAUGGUCAGAUUAAAACAUUUUCUCCCGAAGAAAUCUCCGCUAUUAUUCUUGGCAAAAUGAAAGAUAUAGCUGAAACGUAUCUUGAAUGUGAAGUAAAAAACGCCGUCAUCACCGUACCUGCCUUCUUCUCCGACAGUGCUCGACAGGCAACCAAAAAUGCUGGCAUCAUUGCUGGGCUAAACGUGUUGCGGAUUAUCAACGAACCAACAGCAGCGGCCAUUGCCUAUGGACUGGACAAGAAGUCAGUCGGCGAAAAGAACGUGCUCAUCUUCGACUUGGGCGGCGGUACUUUUGAUGUCUCCGUACUUUCCAUUGAUGAUGGCAUCUUCGAAGUGAAGGCCACCUGUGGGGACACUCGGCUCGGUGGGGAGGACUUUGACAAUUUGCUAGUGAAGCGGUUCAUUGAAAUGUUCAAGCAAAAGUACAACAAGGACUUGAAGAGGGACAAAGGGGCACUUACCCUGCUGCGAAAGUCGUGUGAAAAGGCGAAACGAAUUCUUUCCAGUGAACUUGUGGCCACCGUUGCCGUCGAAGUGGACGGUGCCGAUUUGGAGGGCACCAUCAGCCGGACCGAGUUUGAAAGCCUUUGCGAGCCACUCUUUGAAAAGACUUUAGUUCCCGUAGAGCAGGCAUUGGCAGACGCUGGUCUUGACAGUUCGGAAAUUGCUGACAUCGUCAUCGUCGGUGGCUCAACUAGAAUCCCCCGAAUUCGCACCAUUUUAAGUGACUACUUUGGCGGCAAACAGCUGAACUGUUCAAUUAAUCCCGAUGAAGCAAUUGCAUAUGGAGCGGCAGUGCAGGCUUCCGUUCUGAACGGUGAUCAGGUGGUGGCCCAUCAAGACAUGCUUCUACUCGAUGUGUGUCCCAUUUCACUGGGAAUCGCCACCGCUGGCGGCCAAAUGACGACGCUGAUUAAGCGAAACACGACCAUUCCAACUUCAGAGAUGAAGGUCUUCUCCACAACGGUCGACGGCCAGACGACAGUGCUCGUUCAGGUGUACGAGGGCGAAUCAACACUGGUCCGGGAGAACAGCCUUCUGGGUCGCUUUCAGCUGAGUGGCUUUCCAGCCGCGCCGGCCAGAGUGCCGCAGAUUGAAGUCACCUUUGAGGUGGAUGCCAACGGCAUACUCAAAGUCUCCGCCGUAGAGAGGAACUCUGGAAAGGGCAGCGCAAUUACCAUCCAAAGUCCUGACUCCUACAGGCUGACUCCAGCAGAUGUGGAGAGAAUGAGCAGUGAGGCAGAGGUGAAACGACAACAGGACAAACGGUUUGGUGAAAAGAGAAAAGCAGAGACACAGCUGAGGUGCUGUCUUGAUCAGUUUCGCCAAACGAUCGAUUCGUGUCAGCUGCCUUCCAAAGAUCGCAUUGCUAUUGCAAACAUUCUUGAUGACACUACCCAGUGGCUGGAAAGUAGCUCAGCUGAAGUAGAAGUCGAGGAACUCGUACAGCGACAGCGAGAUGUCGAGCUGCACUGUCAGCCAAUUAUUGCCAAGCAUUUUGAAGUUUCAGAGAAAGCUAGUGCUCCGGACUUGAAUGAUACCGAAGAUGUCCAUCAAAGUGGUUUAACUAUCGAAGAACUAAGCGAUGAGGAAGAGGAAAUGUAA